UCCCGCCCUACAAAUCACCCGGCCAGAUUAUGAGUUCAUUGUAUUAUGCGAAUGCUUUAUUUUCUAAAUAUCAGGCCGCAAAUUCGGUUUUCCCCUCCGGAGUAUUUCCCGAGCAAACUUCUUGCGCAUUCGCUUCCAAUGCCCAGCGCACCGGCUAUGGCUCCAGUUCCACGGCCUCUUUCGCUGCUUCCAUGCCUGGUCUCUACCCUAGUGGGGGAGGUAUGCACCCCCAGCCCCCCGGCAUGUAUUCCAGCGGCUACGGUCUGGACACCAGCUCCUUCAACAUGCAUUGUUCCCCCUUUGAGCAAAACCUAUCCAUGAUGUGUCCGGGAGACGUGUCCAAGCCCAAUUGUAACAAAAGCGACCAGAGGGACACGGACUUGCGGCACGAAAGCAACUUGCGAAUAUAUCCUUGGAUGCGAAGCACAGUUUUUGAAGAAUGUGGAGGAAUUCUCUGGCAACACAAAUUCCAGAAUAUCUUGUAUUUGUGCUUAGUUACAUUAGAAAAGGAUAGGGACUUUCUAAAUGAAUCAAAGACAAAUAUACCUGUGGUUCUUUCAAAAUACAAAUAG